CCCCAUCUACCUCCCCCUCCGCUGCUCCUCGCCAAGACCAGGAGACGUAGACCUUCAAGGCAUAGAUCUCAUAGCCGUGUACCAGCUGGACGGGCCCAAUACCACAGGAGUCACUCAGGUCCGAGGGUCCCAGGAUAUGCAGAGGGCCUAUAGGAUCAGUGAUGGGGCUAAUUUGACUAUACCUUUAAGAAAUGUCUUCCCAUCCGGCCUUCCCGAUCAGUUCAGCGUGGUAGCCACCUUCAAUGCAAGAAGCCAGAUUAGGCCUUGGAUGAUUGUACGGGCCACUAAGACCCUUCAGUUCUCUCUGACCUUGCUCCCUCGUAUUGAGAAGUUAGCUGUGCUUGUGGAGGGAACUAGACUGAUCUUCGAUUGUGAGAAGUUGUUCAGACCAGGAUGGCAUAAGCUGCACGUAGCUGUCACCAAUGAUACGGUACAUGUGGCGGUCGAUUGUGAGGAGCUGGUACCACAGAACAUUACGAGCCACAACUUGAGAAAUGCCACCACACUGUCAAUCAUGGCGCACGAAGAUGGCACGCCGGCUGCUGUAGAUCUCCAAUGGUUGUCCAUGUACUGUAGCCGGUACAAUCUGGCCAAAGACAGCUGCGAAGAAAUCGAUGAACCAGCACCCAUAGUGUCUACCGCUUCUCCAUUUGAAGCCGGAGCUGAUAGGAUAGAAUUUCCUGCUCUCAACACCUGUAACCAAUCCUGCCCGCCGGGUCCAAUGGGUCCAUCUGGGCCACCGGGAGAACCGGGAAUCAGAGGCUUUACAGGUCUACCCGGUGUACGUGGCCUUGAGGGGCCUAUGGGUCCCCCAGGGCUCCCGGGGCCCCAAGGCGAGAGGGGCGAGCGGGGACCACCGGGGGAAGUAACAACCGGGACCGUAGGCGUGGCUGGACCACCCGGAAAACCGGGAAAGUCGGGUCGAAAAGGUGACAGGGGAGACACGGGACAGAAAGGUGAGCCAGGUGAAGCAGGCCUCACGGGCCUAGGCGGUCUUCCAGGGGACCCGGGCAGAGAUGGUAAACGAGGCUCGCCGGGGCCUGAGGGGCCGCGUGGGUUCCCAGGGCACCCUGGCCCUCCAGGCACCGCUGCGAAUAUCAACGCUUCAAUACUGCAAGGUGCAAAAGGUGAAAGAGGAGUCCCCGGUAGACGGGGUCAGGACGGGAGCCCGGGACCCGCCGGCGCCCCCGGGGCAAAUGGUGCCACGGGUCCACAAGGGCCACAGGGCCCUGCAGGUGUUCCGGGACCCCCAGGUGUGAUAGGCCUCCCGGGGCCAGGCGGGCCUCGUGGUGAACGAGGUCAAGAUGGAGCACAGGGUCGAGAAGGCCUCCGCGGCCUGCCUGGCCUACCAGGCCCACCGGGUUCCAACGCUGCCCAGGGCACCACUGUUCCUGGACCACCAGGAACCUCUGGUCAGAAAGGUGAACAAGGCGUGCCAGGUGUACCCGGCACUCCAGGAAUAGAUGGCACACCGGGCACACCGGGGCAGAGAGGGCCACCUGGUAUUCCGGCGCCACACAGUUUGAUAUCGCAAGCACCGACAAUAUCUGAAAGUGAAGUAAGAAAUAUUUGUGAAGCCCUUAUAAGAGAUCGUCUUAAGGAAUGGACGCAAGGGCUAGCAGGUCCCCCUGGACCUCCGGGGGUGGGUAAGAGGGGACUACCUGGAAAACCUGGAAUUGCUGGUGCACCUGGUGCCCGAGGUGAGCCUGGAGAGACCGGGCCUCGCGGGUACCCCGGCGAGGUCGGCGGCCCCGGCAGGCCGGGCGAGUCUGGGCCUCGCGGCGACAAGGGCGACAAAGGCGAGAGGGGGGCGGAGGGACGUGGUCUACCAGGCCAGGACGGCCCGAGGGGGAUUGCCGGUCCUAUUGGCCCACCUGGCCCCGCUGGACGAACAGGAGACAGGGGAGAGGCUGGCAGGGAAGGGGCUAUGGGCCCUCGGGGGGUGCCUGGACCGCGGGGCUCCUGCGAUUGCCCCACAGCCGCGUUUUACGCGUACCCCCAAGGACUGAACAAGGGACCGUAAACUCACAGCU